AUGGACAGGAGGGACGUCUCUGUGCUGCCCAACAAUAACCACCCGGACAAGUUCCUGCAGCUGGACGCCAGGACUCUGCCCGGGAUGUUCCAGGUGGGAGCGCUGGUUUCCAGUCAGAGACACUGGCACAACAGAGUCUACUCACAGAGAGAGCGCAGCAGGUUGAAGCCUGACAACAGGCCCCCCCCCCUCUCCCCAGAGGACACCCGGGUGGUGUUUGUGGACAGAUACCUGGAGAAACACAUCACGCCCUUCACCUUAAAGUCUAACAUCAAGAGAAACCCUCUGUACACGGACAUCAGAGCCACGGACACCGGAGGAGACGGCAAGAAGACCAAACCGUCCUGGACCGUCAGAGAGUUCGACACACAGACGAUGCACGGAAACCUGGGAGAUUACUUAAAGAAGACGGCUAAAGAUCUAGACUUUUGGCUGGAGGAUCUGUACACGCCGGGAUUCGACUCUUUGCUGAAGAAAACAGAAGCCGAACACAAACGGAGAAAACUUUGUAAGAUUCUGUCCGCAGUUUUCCUGUCGGUUUGUGCGAUUCUCGUCGUGAUCAUCGUGCCAGUCCUCGUUCUCCAGAAGAAAAACUGAAGGACGAGGACAACUUUGAAGACCUCUCCUGUCAAAACCAGAGACUGUAAAUAUU